CCGGUUUGCAGGCGUGACCCAGAGCCUCCUCCCCGCGCCUUCCCUAAUGCGGUUCAAGGUGGGUUGGAAUAAGGUUUUCAACCUAGCCGCAUCCAGCUAGGUCGUGUGUGGGGUGAUCGCCCGGCUGCCUCCACAGCGGCAGAGAUCGUCCUGGGAAUCGGUUAUGUCAUAAAUCCAAAUAUCAUGGAAGAAAGAGUGUUGCAAGGUAAGACCCCGUCACUCCCCGUUCAACUCCCCCUUUCACUCUGUCAUGCUUUUGCCGCUGAUCACUUUUCUCAAUCUCUACCACAUAGGCAUUUUAGCAUUGCCAUUGUCUUACCUCUCUCCCUUGUUCUCCUUCUUUGCAUCUUUUUUAUCCUACAUUAGCUACCAAUGUGAUACGUUUAUGUUCAAGAAAGGAAACACGACCACUUCUUGGAUCAAUUGAAACUGACUCACUUCGUUUGUUGCUUGUCCCUUGAAGCAGCAGACGUUUCGAAACUAUGGGUGUUGGCAGGCCACUUUCCGCCCUAUUGGGGCUUGUAUUUACCGCCGGAGCUUUUAUCAUGAUGAUACUCACGCUAAUAGGCGGAGCAAAAGAUACAAGCCCUCUAAAUCGCACAUGGUUCCUCGAAGCGGAUACUUCGAGGAUCCCAGGGGCACCCGAUGUGUCGAGAUGGACCUUCUGGAAUAUAUGCGGUGUCGUCGAUGGGAGGAAUGACUGCCCUGGUACCUCACCUGCCUUCCCUCUUGAUCCCCCAUCAGACCGGAAUUUUGGGACCACUGAGGGCGUGCCUCCUGAAUUCAUCGGGACGAACAAAUACUUCUACAUUACGCGGUUCAUGUUCGCGUUCAUGCUGAUCAGCCUUUUCUUUGUCUUUGUGUCUAUGGUCACUGGGUUGUUGGCUCUUUGCACACGCAUUGGGGGCUGGAUCUCCGCCUUCAUGGCAACAAUCGGCCUAAUUUUCCAGAUCCUUACCACUACUCUAAUGACCGCCGGAUAUGUCAAGGGUCGCAAUAACUUCUCGUCAAACGGCCAGGCGGCCAAAGUCGGGCCAAAGGCCUUUGGAUGGAUGUGGACCUCAGUAGCACUCCUCUUUCUCGCCAGCGUUCUAUACUGUGUAUCUGGGACCGGCAGGUCGGGGCGGCGAACCGAAGCUACUGCGAGUGGAGCUACGGCUGGACACCAACGGAGAGGCUUUUUCAAGUCCCGCCGCGCGAAGCGAGCUUCUGAGGACCAAGCGUUGGACAAGGAGUAUACGUGAGGGCGCUAGGGGUCACUGACGAGAUAUAUUCGACAGCUAUGCAUUCCCCAGGCGCCGCGGAGAACUUGAUCAGAACAAUUGUGAUGGGGAUGGGGAUGAAGAAGACGAAGAAAACUUUUCGUGUCGAAAUUAUUGGUUUAGCGAAAUGAUUCACCCAACUCUCACUUUCUAUUUUGAUCGCAUGCUUACCUAGGUACUGUUUAGUAUAUUUCUAUUUGCCUGUGAACGAUGGGUCCUCGUUUUACCCUCUCACUUCCCUAAGGUAUUCGAUAGCCCCUUUUCAUGUCUACCUGGUGGGGGGAAGCCACAAACCGACCAAUUGGAAACAUUCCGUUUCAAAAAAAAAAAAAAAAAAAAAACAUCACAAGCACCCAACUCCAAUCGCAAUCGCAAUCGCAAAUUAGGUGUGUGGCGUUUUUGCGUUUAUGCUUCAUUCGCGCUGUCUCCACUUUGAACAUGUGGAUUCUAAAGGGGCUUUUUAUGGCCUUCUAAUUUUCCUGUCCAGGGGUUUCUGAUGGGCUGGGGGCGGUAUGGAUAUUUCGGUAAAACGGGGGAGUGGGGGAGGGAGGGAGGUUGGUUCUGUUGAUUUGCGAUUCCUUCACUGUGAUUCGGCAAUCUUAAUACCGAGAAUAAUAUCUAAUGUAUUUAUUUUUGAACUUCAUCCUGUAAUGGGGGAAAAAAAAAUAAAAAAAGGGUAAAAGGGUAACAGGAAGAAAGAAAAAAAACUUUGUAACACAAGACAAAGUCUGACACAUACAUUAUCUAUUGAUCUAAUUUUGUAUUUACCAAAAGGAAAGUAGAGUAGGGUAAGGCAGGGAUGCUUGAACGAGUAAAAGACAAGAAAUCGGACGAAAAAAAUAAAGUGAACUGAAAGCACACAUAGCUUUACGCACUUCCAUUCUCCGCCGCCUUUGGCGCAUCCACCAUACCCCGGACACCACCCUUUCCACCGACUUCCCGAGCCGUUAUUUGGACCGCCAGCUGCUCACUCACGGCCACCAUAACCUCAACCUUCCCGUUGGCCUUGACACCCUUAAUGGCAAAUUCCGCAAUAGGUUUCGAUACCUUCCAUACCACUUCUCGCACUUCUUCCUCCUCGUCAUCAUCAUCGGAGUCGAAAUCUGAAUCAUCGGAGUCGUCCUCGCCGUCGUCCUUGGCAGGUUGCUUCGGCUUGGGUUCCGGUUUCGUAACUUUGAUCUCACGGAUGCCUUCGCAGACACGGACGAGAAUAUCGCCGCCGGCCUUGGGGACGGCGUAUUGAGCAAUGCGCCGGGCGGGGAGCGCGGUUUCAGCGUUGAGGAGUGGUUUGAAGAUGGCGUGUGCGUCAUCGGUGGCGGAGAUCAGUUGGAUGCCGAUGGCUUUUUCGAGGUGCGGGGUGACGGUGACCAUGGGGUGGCUCGAUUGCUCGAUGUCGUCCUUUUCAAACUCCUCGAUUAGGGAGGCUUGGAUAGCCGCGCCUCGGGCGGGUAAGUCGGAUGGGUUGAUGGCGAUGGGCGAUGUGGAUGGGGCAAGGACUGUUGUUGUGGCGGGGAAAAGAGAUUGGACGAGUCGUGCAAUCUUUGGAGUGUGGGAUGUUCCGCCGGAAAGGAUAACCUGUGUGUCACUAUGAGUUAGCGAACAAAGAAAGAAAAAAAAACUUCAUAGCUAAAUAGAUGUUUUUUUAAUAGAGUAACUAACCUCAUCAAUAUCCAGGAUGUCAAGAUCGG